AUGGAAGCAAUCCAGGGAAAUGAUGCUAACAAUGAAAGAUUUAGUGAUAUAUACAUUUAUACCGCAUCUGAAACAAUUGAUAAAAACGGUCAAAUUAAGCUUAGGGAUUCAAUAUCGAUUUUACGUGAAGAAUUGCCUGAUAUUUUUAGUAAAAAGAAAUCUACCAAUGAUAACGAAAAUGAGAAAGAGCCACCCAAAGAUGAAAUAACGUCUAACAAUAUAAGUUUUAAAUAA